GCUCGUAGCGCGUCUGCAAGUUGUCGCCAUCAUAUGAAGCUAACUGUGUAGCAGCUACUAGCUCUCAGGUCUUUUUGCGGAUACAAAGCCAGUGAGCCCAGCUAGCCCGUCUUUGCUCCGUGUGCCAAGCUUCCCUGGAGCUGCCGAGAUGUUAUUAAGCAGUGAACGCGUCUUCGCACCGUGCUUUAGUUGUGUUUAUCAGAUUAGCUCACAUUAGCGGGGGGCUGGAGUCUUGAGGAGCAAACCAAGGGGCGGUGGGCUGGCUAGUUAGCUGGUUAGCAAGGAGGAGGAGGAGGAGGGGGGGGAAACAUCGGUGCAGGUUUAAAGUGAAUAAAACGCCGUAGCGUAGUCGCAAGGUAGCGUUUCGCUGCUGUUGUUAAGUUUGGCGACGUGUCGUAAAUAAGAGGCUAACGCCGCGACAAAGACUCGCUGCAACGCAACCGAGAAACGAGGAGGAUUUACAAGCCACAACAAAGCUACGUAUCCGGCUGGGGUUGCUCUACCGAGGUGGGAGUCUGUUAAACUGGAGCCGGCUUCGUCUCAUCUCACGUCGUUAACACCAGGCUGCUGGGCCUGACAGCCGAGAGGAGGAUGUCCGAGGGUGAGAACAAGCAGGGCCCGGACCCUGUCCAGGACGGGAAGCCGGAGUCCGCUGCGCCCACGGGUCAAGGAGUGUCCUCCGUGUCUCCCCCGGUGUCCACGGUGGCGACCCAGCCUCCUCCUGCCACCGCAGCCACGGAGGAUGAGGAAGAGGAGAGCGAGGAUGAGUCAGAGAUUUUGGAGGAAAGCCCGUGUGGACGCUGGCAGAAGCGCAGAGAAGAGGUGAAUCAGCGCAACGUCCCCGGGAUCGAUAAUGCUUACUUGGCCAUGGACACAGAGGAAGGAGUUGAGGUGGUGUGGAAUGAGGUCAUGUUCUCGGAAAGGAAAAAUUUCAAACUACAAGAGGAAAAAGUCAAAGCGGUGUUUGACAAUUUGAUCCAGCUGGAGCAUUUGAACAUUGUGAAGUUCCACAAGUACUGGGCAGACGUCAAAGAGAACAGAGCGAGGGUUAUUUUCAUCACUGAAUACAUGUCCUCUGGAAGCCUCAAGCAGUUUUUGAAAAAGACAAAGAAAAACCACAAGACCAUGAAUGAAAAGGCCUGGAAGCGCUGGUGCACACAGAUCUUAUCUGCUCUCAGCUACCUGCACUCCUGUGAUCCUCCCAUCAUUCAUGGAAACCUGACCUGUGACACCAUCUUCAUCCAGCACAAUGGCCUCAUCAAGAUCGGCUCAGUCGCUCCAGACACGAUCAAUAACCAUGUGAAAACCUGCCGAGAAGAGCAGAAGAGCCUUCACUUCUUCGCUCCAGAAUACGGAGCCGUUGCCAAUGUCACCACAGCCGUGGAUAUCUAUUCCUUUGGAAUGUGCGCCUUAGAGAUGGCUGUGUUGGAAAUCCAGAGUAAUGGAGAUUCGUCUUAUGUGUCCCAAGAAGCCAUAAACAGUGCCAUUCAGUCCCUAGAGGACCCACUGCAACGGGAAUUUAUCCAGAAGUGUCUGGCGGUAGACCCCAAUAAACGACCCACAGCCAGGGAGCUGUUGUUUCACCAGGCCUUGUUUGAGGUGCCAUUGCUCAAGCUGCUGGCUGCGCACUGCAUCGUCAGCCACCAGCGUGAGUCAGAAAACACACACACUAAAUACAUGAUUCCUGAAAAUGCUUUAGAGGAGAUGACGAAGAACAUGGACCCAAACCUGGUAAUUGUUGAGGCCAAAGAUGGAGUUCAGAUGAAACUGUCCCAGUUUCCUGCUCUGGAGCUGGACAAGUUCCUGGAAGACGUAAGGAACGGGAUCUACCCUCUGACGGCGUUUGGGAUACCGUGUCCACAGCAGCCUCAGCAGGAGACCGUGAAGUCGCCCAUAGUUCCCCCCUCAGUCAAAACACCGACUCCCGAACCUGCAGAGCUCGAGACGAGGAAGGUCCUUCAGAUGCAGUGUAAUAUAGAGCCCGUCGAUGAGGGCGCCAAGCAUCACCUGACCUUGCUGUUGAAGCUCGAGGAUAAACUGAACAGGCAUUUGAGCUGUGAUUUGUUACCAAAUGAGAACGUGCAGGAGCUGUCAGUGGAGCUCGUUCAGCUGGGGUUCAUCAGUGAGGGCGACCAGCCGCGACUCGCUUCCGUUCUCGAAGAGGCCUUCUCCAAGUUCUACAGCCGGAACGGUUCGCUCAAUCCGGUGACAGUUUCCUCAUAGCGGAGGACUCGGCAGGCCUUCUUUCGUCCCUCCUCGUCCUCUACAACAGGACUAGCUUUUGCUCCGAGUUACAGGAAAGCUUUGCGAGGACAGAGGAGGAAGCCUUGGUCUGAUUGCAGAUCCUGCAGCCUGUCCUUGUAUCUUCUGGUGGGAAAAAAAAAAAAAAAAAAGCUGCCACUAAGUGGUUGUCGCUUUCAGUAUCUCUUUUUUUUCCCCCCCUACGUACCACCCAGUACAGCCAUCUGCUUCUCUUUUAAAAGAGGAAAUCCUAGUUUAAACAUAAUGGAAAAUACAGAUGUUUUCACAGUUUGGCUCGUUUCUUCCAGGUGUGAGGUAAUAAAGAAAAUAAAUGGUGGAGGUAAGAAAACUACAACGGAUAACAGCAGUAUUUUCCUUAAGUCAGUGUUAAAAUUGUAUUUUAAACAUUUUUACUUCAAUCUGUUAAAUAGUUGUCUGUGUGAAAAGAGAGAGGAAAAAUAAGAAAACCUGGCAGUGUGUGUGUAUAAUAUGGUGUUGUGAGGUUACGUCUGGUUGUCUGGUCCUUUUAACUUUCUCUCGAGCAGCGACUGAGGCGACUUCUCACCUUGUAUCAUUUUUUUUUUUUUUUUGAGGACGAAGAAGAGGUAAUGCAUCAACUCUUAACGUGUACAAUGUAGAAGGAAUCAAACUUGCAGCACAAUCUGAUGAGCUAUGGAUAAAAUAUACAAAACAAAAACAACUCAACCUAUUCGUGUAUCUUUUCCUGGGUGUUUAACGUAAGUCACUUCCAGCACUAAGGCCGGUGUUUGAAUGUAAGCUUUCUCUUGCUCCAUCUUCCAUGACAAAAGGGGUGUUGUCAUUUGACCGUGGUCCAACUACUACAAGUAGAUAAUUGCAGCUCUUACAAAUCAGGGUUAGGUUAGUAAAGAAAGUAAGAAAGUUGGCUUUCGGUGGUUUGGUUAGAUUUUGGCAUUAUAGCACGUGAUGGAUAAUCGUGAACAGGCUUGAUAAGUUACAAAGUGAUGCAUGUGGCCACGUUGCUUCUAGUUCAGUUUUGUUUUUUUUAGAAUCAGUUAUUUAUCUUGCUGAAAGUUUAGUUUUCUUAGGCCCCGUCAACAUUUAGAUUUUAUGGCUCUGAAGCAUUCGUUUCCUUCGUGGCUGUGCUUCUGUGGCUCUCAGACCAUUCUUAUCUGUUAACUGUUUGGGGAUCUCUCUCUGCUAGUUUGCACAAAUGUACUCUCUCUGUGUCCUGUUGGAAAUGUCCUGUGGCCUCUGGCUUGUGCACACCAACAGGAGGAACGUAGGUGAUUUGGAAAUGGUGUCAUUGAAGAUUCGGUCGUCAGUCUCGUCUUCUCUGCUGUGACUACCUUGUGACAGGGUCUGUAGAUAACCGCAAGAUACAAGCGUGAGGACUGUCUGAGCAUGCUUGUAACCAUCCUGUGCACUGUAUGUUGGACACUGUGCUGUUUCUGCAAUGCAUUUACCCUCUUUUUUUUUUCACUUCCUAAAAUAAAAAGAAAUACACUAUCAGCACUUCA